CCCGCGACGUCUGCGCCGGUUAGCGCUGCGUCGACUCCUCGACUCCCCGACGAGGCUCCCCCGCCGCCUCUCGCAGGGCGAUGAGGGCCUGCGUUCGCAUCCCGCAGGUACGGACACCUCGAUGUCAUGUAGCGGGUUUAGGUUAGCUUUCUGCACAAGAGCUUUCACGGUUAAAACAAAUGUCGAAUCACUGCCCCGCGAUCAUCGCCCGAAUCUCACGGAGAUUUGAGAGUUUUUCAAGAUACGGCGGAAGCUCCGAAAGGCUGCCGUUGUCUCGAAAGUGAUCCGUAACGCGACGAUUGAUGCCAGUCCAAGAUGCUGCGUCUCUCGAUGCUGUUACUCCUGACGGUUGGAGCGUGCUGGUGUAAUCCGGACGCUAAACGCCUCUACGACGAUCUUCUGUCAAAUUACAACCGUCUGAUUCGUCCUGUAACGAACAAUACCGACACAGUAGUCGUGAAGCUUGGCUUGAGAUUGUCGCAGCUCAUAGACUUGAAUCUCAAGGACCAGAUUCUGACGACCAAUGUCUGGCUGGAACAUGAAUGGCAGGACCACAAGUUCCAGUGGGACCCAUCGGAAUAUGGCGGAGUGACGGAGUUGUAUGUUCCAAGUGAACACAUCUGGCUCCCAGACAUCGUUUUGUACAACAACGCCGACGGAGAGUACGGAGUGACGACGAUGACCAAAGCGGUGCUUCAUCACACCGGCAAAGUGCUGUGGACCCCACCGGCGAUAUUCAAAUCCUCGUGCGAAAUUGACGUCAGAUAUUUCCCGUUCGACCAGCAAACUUGCUUCAUGAAGUUCGGUUCCUGGACCUACGACGGAUUCCAGAUCGAUCUGAAACACAUUAAUCAAAAUAUGAGCAACAACGUCCAGGUGGGUAUCGACUUACGGGAGUACUAUCCGAGCGUCGAGUGGGACAUCCUGGGGGUGCCGGCGGAGCGUCACGAGAAAUAUUAUCCCUGCUGCGACGAGCCGUACCCAGACAUCUUUUUCAACAUCACCCUCAGACGCAAGACUCUGUUCUACACGGUGAACCUGAUCGUACCCUGCGUCAGCAUCUCUUACCUCUCGGUCCUCGUGUUCUACCUGCCCGCCGAUUCGGGUGAAAAAAUAGCUCUGUGCAUCAGUAUACUUCUGUCCCAGACGAUGUUCUUUCUCCUGAUAUCCGAGAUCAUACCUUCCACGUCCCUCGCCCUACCGCUCCUCGGGAAGUACCUCUUGUUCACCAUGCUACUCGUCGGACUCUCCGUUGUCAUAACGAUUAUAAUACUGAACGUUCACUACCGUAAACCGAGUACUCACAAGAUGGCGCCUUGGGUGAGAAAGGUUUUUAUACGGAGAUUACCGAAGCUGCUGCUCAUGAGGGUGCCCGACGAUCUUCUGAACGACCUUGCUGCCCACAAGAUACAAGGACGCGGUCGGAGCAGCAAGAAGAACAAAUUCAACGCCGCUGUUGCUGCCGCUGCCCAAGCAUCUUCCAGAGUCUCUUCUCCGGACUCGAUGCGUCAUCAACGACCGGGCGGGUGCAACGGGCUCCACACCACAACGGCGCACAACAGAUUCUCCGGUCUGGUCGGUGCCUUCGGCGGCGCCAUCGGCGGCUACAACGGGCUGCCCUCGGUCAUGUCCGGUCUGGACGAGAGCAUGAGCGAUGUCACACCGCGGAAAAAGUAUCCCUUCGAACUCGAGAAGGCCCUGCACAACGUCAUGUUCAUACAGCAUCACAUUCAGCGGCAGGACGAGUUCAACGCUGAAGACCAGGAUUGGGGCUUCGUCGCUAUGGUGCUUGACCGACUGUUUCUUUGGAUAUUCAUUAUUGCCUCCAUUGUUGGUACGUUUGCUAUAUUAUGCGAGGCGCCAGCUUUGUACGACGACACUAAACCCAUAGACAUGGUUCUCUCCUCCGUCGCUCAGCAGCAAUUUCUACCACCGGACCAGGAGGUCGCUCCAAUCUAGCCGGAAAAACUGUACUUCCGCGAUUUUCAAACGCGCGUCAAUCACGCUGGAAUUAUUUCUUUUGACCUCAUCAUGCUACCCAUAUUACGGUUUGCCAUUCGUAGAAAAAAAAAAAUAAUAUAUGAAUUUAGAGCCAAUAAUUCUCAAACGAAUCUGUAAUAAUUUGUCGAGUCAAUGAAAUCACUCUUAGAAGUUGAAACGUGAUGCCUCUGUAUUUCUUCGUGCUAUUUCUUUCCAACAUUUUUACUACAUUCAUACGUUUCGCAUAUCAGAAUUACAUUAUUCAACUCCAGCUUCGGUACAAUAAAGCACAGUUUUUUUUCACUAGGCUAAGGUUAUCCUUUUAAAGGUGAUGUAAAAAAAAUCGACUUAGCGAUCGAUUGACUAAAUAGAAAAACUUGUGAUUACCUUCAUCUAGUCGUUCUUGAAACUGAUUCAGUCCCAGUCUCAAAGAAGUAAGAGAUUGAGAUGUCCGACGCUAGAACAGGAAGUGAAGUACCUAACUUGUUGCGUGGGCGUAAAAAAGGAAAAGAGAUUUUUUUUUGGUAAUAGGUUGAACUACACAAUUGCUUACUGCAAUGUGCGGAUAUGAUGAAAGUCGAUCAAUGGAGAAUUUGUGCCAUCGAAUCAUGAGCUCUUCAUUUGGUCUGUGCGUGAAAAAUGACCCAGACACAUCAGUAUAUAAAGAACGUUUAUCGAGCCUUAACAUUGACGGUGAUAAAUCGACGGUAGAAUUAUGUACGGGUUUACAAAUUUUGAAUAUAUAUUCACUUUCAACGAUAUGGUUGUAUGAAAAAAAUCGAACGUCAGAAUGAAACGGUGCCAAUUACUAUAAAAGUAUUAUUAAUUAAAAAAAAAAAACUAUUUCUUCGCGUGUAACGCAAGAAGGUAUUCAAUUGACUAUCCCCUACACAUGUACUCUUCGAUGAUAUAAAAUGACUUAUGGACGGGGCUCAAUUAGCGUAGUUGUAAAUCUUGUACCUGCAGAAUCGCAGGACGAGCGAUGGUAAGAAUGCGAACGGAAAAUUGUAACGAUAAAUAUUACAGUCUAACAAAUGAUCAAUCAAAUCUUUUCUAUUUAAGCGUAUACCUACUUCGUUAAGAAUUCAUUCUAAAACUAUAAUUUAUUUAACAUGUAAUUAUUGUU